CUUGAUCACCGCCCAUAAACUCCAUUACUUCGAAGAACUGGAACUUCAUACUCCGCCGGCGGCGACAUUUCUCUCUCUCUUUUCUUAAGAUCCUUCCAAGCGUGAUGGAGUCGAAUCAAGACACAGUAACUUUUUCAGAGGGUGUGACAACAGUGAAUCAAGAAGAUGAUGAAUUCGAUUCUAAGGAGAGGGUGCUGCAAAAGUACUUCCUUCAAGAAUGGAAGCUCGUCAAGCAGUGGCUUGACGACACCGUUUUCAAUGGCAGAGUCACUGACCCUUCCUCUGUUCAUAAAAUCAGAUCCAUUAUGGACAAGUAUCAAGAGCAGGGUCAACUUCUAGAACCUUACCUGGAAAGUAUAGUUCCUCCACUGAUGUCCAUUAUUCGUUCGAGAACGAUUGAGCUUGGGGUUGCUUCGGAUGAGAUUCUUGAAAUAAUCAAGCCGAUAUGCAUCAUUAUAUAUUCAGUGGUUACGGUUUGUGGAUACAAAGUUGUGAUUAAGUUUUUUCCACAUCAAGUUUCUGAUCUGGAACUUGCUGUGUCUCUCUUAGAGAAGUGUCAUCAUACGAAUUCAGCAACUUCGUUGAGGCAGGAGAGCACAGGAGAGAUGGAAGCUCAAUGCGUGAUGCUGUUGUGGCUUUAUAUUCUUGUAUUGGUUCCUUUUGACAUCUCCACUGUCGACACCAGUAUUGCCAGCAAUGACGAACUCAGUGAGUUUGAGGUCGUUCCUCUUGUGUUGAGAAUAAUAGGAUUCUGUAAGGAUUACUUCUCGACCGCCGGGCGCAUGCGUACUAUGGCUGGACUAGUGCUCUCGAGGCUACUUACCCGUCCAGAUAUGCCAAAAGCCUUUACGAGCUUUGUUGAAUGGACACACGAGGUCAUGUCUUCUGUAACUGAAGAUAUACUCCAUCAUUUCCAAUUACUUGGUGCAGUUGAAGCACUGGCUGCUAUUUUCAAGGCAGGCAGUCGGAGUCUCUUGCUUGAUGUAAUUCCUGUUGUUUGGAAUGACAUUUCAAUAUUGUACAAGUCAUCAAAUGCAGCUCGAAGUCCUCUGCUCCGCAAGUAUUUGAUGAAGUUAACCCAACGGAUUGGGCUUACUUCCCUUCCUCAUCGGUUGCCUUCAUGGCGUUAUAUGGGAAGAACCACCAAACUAAAUGUUGCUUUGAAUACAUCGAGUAAAUUUCAUCACUCCAACUUGGCUGUGAACGACAACUGUACCAACUCAAAUGAAAUUACAGAUGGCGCAGAGGAUGAGGAUAUGGAUGUUCCGGAAAAUGUUGAAGAGAUUAUUGAGAUGUUGUUAUCUGGUUUGAGGGAUAUGGAUACUGUUGUUCGUUGGUCUGCAGCAAAAGGUAUUGGGCGCAUAACUUCGCAAUUGACAUCUUCCCUUUGUGAGGAGGUUUUAUCCUCUGUUUCGGAGCUGUUUUCACCUGGUGAGGGUGAUGGUUCAUGGCAUGGAGGCUGCUUAGCUUUGGCUGAACUUGCUCGUAGAGGCUUGCUCUUACCUGCAAGUCUUCCCAAAGUUGUUCCUGUUGUUGUGAAGGCUCUACAUUAUGAUGUUCGAAGAGGUCCACACAGUGUUGGGUCUCAUGUACGUGAUGCUGCUGCUUAUGUAUGUUGGGCAUUUGGACGUGCAUAUUAUCACGCAGAUAUCAGGAACAUCUUAGAAGAGCUCGCUCCGCACCUCCUAACAGUGGCAUGCUAUGACCGUGAGGUUAACUGCAGAAGAGCAGCAGCAGCAGCUUUUCAGGAGAAUGUUGGAAGACAAGGGAAUUAUCCUCAUGGCAUUGACAUAGUGAAUACUGCAGAUUAUUUUUCACUUUCUUCACGUGUAAACUCUUAUCUUCAUGUUGCUGUCUCAAUUGCUCAGUAUGAAGGAUAUCUUUUCCCAUUUGUGGAUGACCUGCUGGAUAGAAAAAUCUGUCACUGGGAUAAAAGCUUGCGAGAACUUGCUGCAGAGGCCAUUUCUUUUCUUGUAAAAUAUGACCCUGAGUAUUUUGCAAGCACUGUAAUGGGAAAAUUAAUUCCCUGUACUCUUUCAUCUGAUUUGUGCAUGCGCCAUGGUGCAACAUUGGCAACUGGAGAACUUGUUUUGGCUUUACAUAAUUGCAAUUAUGCUCUACCCUCAGAUAAACAGAAAAGUCUUGCUGGCGUUGUUCCUGCUAUUGAGAAAGCACGACUUUAUCGUGGAAAGGGAGGAGAGAUAAUGCGUGCAGCUGUUUCUCGAUUUAUUGAAUGUAUCUCUGCAUCUAAAGUGGCAUUAUCAGAAAAAAUAAAGAGAAGCUUACUUGAUACUCUUAAUGAGAAUUUAAGACAUCCUAAUUCUCAGAUACAGAUUGCUGCUGUUAAAGGCCUAAAACACUUUAUCAAUGAAUACUUACAUCCUUCAGAUGCUAAAAGUACAAGUGAUUUGACAGUGAAGUAUCUUAAUAUGUUGACUGAUCCAAAUGUAGCUGUAAGGAGAGGAUCUGCAUUGGCAAUAGGCGUUUUGCCAUACGAGUUAUUGGCCAGUCAAUGGAGAAAUGUGCUUUUGAAGCUCUGUAGCUGUUGUACAAUUGAGGAAAACCCUGAAGACAGAGAUGCUGAAGCACGAGUAAAUGCUGUCAAAGGGCUCAUAUUAGUAUGUGAAACAUUAAUUAAUGGAAGAGAAGAUACUGUUACCCCUGUCAUUGAAAAUGAUUUUUCUCUAUUUAUUCUGAUCAAGAAUGAGGUGAUGAUGACUUUAUUUAAAGCUCUUGAUGAUUAUUCUGUUGAUAAUAGAGGUGAUGUAGGUUCUUGGGUUCGUGAGGCUGCAUUAGAUGGCCUUGAAAAAUGCACAUACAUGCUUUGUAAGAUAGACAAGGCGGUUUGUUUGUCUGGAAGAUCAGAUGGAAAUGAAAUCGAAACUACAGUGCAGCCUUUGAAUAAUAACAUGCCUAAGAACAUGUCUGAGCUUUUAUUAUUUGAUGAAAAUCUUGCUACCAAUUUAGUUAAAGGGAUUUGUAAGCAAGCUGUGGAGAAGAUGGAUAAGAUGAGAGAAGCAGCGGCAAAUGUUCUCUACAGAAUUUUGUACAACCAGAUGAUUUAUAUUCCAUAUAUACCUUUCCGAGAAAAGUUAGAAGAAAUCAUUCCUAAGGAAGAAGAUGCAAAAUGGGCUGUUCCUUCAUUCUCUUACCCACGUUUUGUACAGUUGCUUCAAUUUGGUUGUUAUAGCAAAGAUGUGCUAUCAGGUUUAGUUAUAUCUAUUGGUGGGUUGCAAGAUUCUUUGAAAAGGGUAUCACUUUUGGCACUGUUAGAGUAUCUAGAAGGGGUUGAAUCUGAAGACCCUACUACAAGAACGUCUAGGGAGUCCAUGCUUUCAAUUGACAUCAUGUGGGUUCUCCAACAAUACAAAAAAUGCGACAGAGUUAUCAUACCCACUUUAAAGACCAUUGAGAUCCUGUUUAGCAAAAAGAUAUUCCUCAAUAUGGAGGCUCAUGCUCCAACUUUUUGUGCUGCUGUUUUGGAUUCUCUAGCAAUUGAAUUAAAGGGAUCAAAAGACUUCUCUAAGCUGUAUGCUGGGAUUGCAAUACUUGGUUAUGUAGCUUCAGUACUGGAACCAAUCAAUAUGAGGGCCUUUUCUCAACUUCUCACUUUUCUUAGUCAUCGGUAUCCUAAGAUUCGAAAAGCCUCAGCUGAACAAAUCUACCUUGUCCUCCUGCAAAAUGGGAAUCUAGUGGCUGAAGACAAGAUUGACAAAGCACUUGAAAUUAUUUCUGAGACUUGCUGGGAUGGUGACAUAGACUUAGCAAAACACCAAAGAUUAGAAUUGUUUCACACUGUAGGUUUGGAGGUGGCACCACUUGGCAAAAACAGUGAUGGGGCAUCAAGGAAAACCAGCAGUAAAAAGCCUGCCGAAUUGGAUGAAAAUGCAUCAUAUUCCUCCUUAGUUGAGUCAUCUGGGUUUUGAUUGUGUUGGUGCAAUGCAAUCCCAGAUUUGCUGUUGUACAAUGUAACUUGCUAGAGUUGAUAUGAAAUUUUCAUGUGCAUUAUUCAA